CCCCAGCUGACUUUGACCAAUAACGGGCAACGUGUUUCAGGAAAUUCUGCUUGCGCACACAAAGGCGGAAUUUUCGAGAUAAGCGACCCGCUCUCGCAGCGCCUAAGGUCUUAGUUUCAUUCCGUAUAUCGGGGGAAAACCACUUUGCGACGCUCACUGGAAGCAUACCCAUACUAGGUAUACUGACUACGGUUUUUGGCCCGCUAUCAUCAAAAUGGGUGCCGUCAGGAAAAUCAAGACCAAGCGCAUGACCAGAGGUUAUGACCAGGUCCGAGAAGAUAUCGCAUCCUCCAAGCACCUCGCUCAAUACAAAGCUACGAAAGACGCGGAGGACCUUCCAGGUCUAGGAAGACACUACUGUGUCGAAUGUUCAAAAUGGUUUGAAAGCGAAUUCAACCUGGUCGCCCACAGGAAGGGCAAGAACCACAAGAAGAGGGUCCGCAUCUUGCGCGAAGAAGCCCAUUCACAGAAAGCUGCCGAAGCUGUUAUCGGCUUGGGCACAGACAACGGUGUGAGGUCGAAAGACGCGGAGGUCGAAAUGGAAGAUUAGAUUGUGGAAAAUGAGUCUGAAAUGGCACUGCAGCCAUCCAUCGACUGUCCAUAUGAGCAGCGCCGGCUCAGAGACCCUGCCAAAGCUCCCUGGCAGGAUAUCUAGAGCUCACCGGUCUUGAAAAAAUUUUUGCGCAUCUACGCGUUUUUUGCCGUUGUUGGUCCACGCGCCAUAUUACUGGCUGCGCGCAGACAAGGCUCGUGACCCAAUCAGCGAUGGACCCAAUUCGCAGGUGACACGUGAAGCCGCAUUCGCCGAAAACCGCCUCCGGCGGGCGAUGAGUUUCCGGGUACGCCGGUUCCGUUCUGCGGAAACUCGCUCAAAACCGCCGUUUCUCGGAGUGUCGUAUAGCCAGGUCCCCACUCUAUCGGACGCGGUUCCUUUAGGACGAAAUUAAUUUACAAGCUGCAAUAAUACGACACUUGUUGAUCGAGACUUGUAUAUGCUCCGUACU